AUGGACGAUUCUUUUGAAGUAAAUCAAGAAUCUGAGCAAAUGUCAUAGGAAUCUAUACAAGAUGAAGAUGACUUUGUUGAAAGAGUAAAUUAAUUAAAAAAAAUUGUACCAAAUAAAUAAGAAGACUAUGAAAUAAUCGAAGAAGGAUUGCCUGAUGAUUUAGUUGAAUUAUAGGAAAAAAUUUUAAGGAAAGAUUAAAAAAAGAUUGAUUAAAAACCUAAAAAGAAGAGUUAUGUUCCAGUUAAUUAAAUCCGUACAACAAUCAUCAUACAGCUGUUUAAGUUGUUUUAAGAUCAUAAAACUAUGAACAAUUUAUCUGAAUUUGCAUUCAAGUUGUCUAAUUUCACAUUCUCAAAUAUUGAAAUGAUAGAAAUGAAACUAAAUUAGGCCAAAACUCUAUAAGAGAAAGUGUUCGCACUCUACUAAGGAUUUGCUUUAACUUAUUCAUUAAAAACUCAAUUCUUCAAAGAAUUCAAAAUCACUCAUUUGAGUCCAUAAGAGUAUAUCAUAACUUUUGGUUAAUUAUGUAAGUACUAUGGAUUGAAUGUCAGGUUGGUAAGAGCAUUUGAUAUAGGAUUUUUGGGUUUAGAAUUAAAAUUUAAGAUUCGCACAAUAAAGAAAAAUGAAUAAGAGAAUGAGGAGGUCGAAUAAAAUACGAAAACUAUUUUUGAUUUAAAUUCAUAAUUCAUGACUUAAUCAGAAAAGGUUGAGUCUUUGAAUUAAUUUAUUUAUUAAAAACCUAACUAAAAAGAUAAAGGAUUAAAAGUAUCACAAGAAUUCCAAAGAAAAUAAUAAUAGAAUGAGAGUAGAAGUUUAAUGGAUAUCUAGUAGGAAUUAAAAAAACCAAAAAAGAAGGAUAAUAAAAAAUAACCAAAUGAAAGAUAGAUUAAUUAGGAUAUUCAAACUUAUAAUUAGAAUAUUUGGGUUGAAUUUUAUGAUUCUAAUUAGAACUCAUGGAUUCCAUUCGAUCCUAUAUCAGAUAAGCUUGUAUUAUUGGAUAUCAAUAUUCUGAAAACCAAACUAUAAAAUAGCUUCAGUCAUUUUAUUAUUGCUGCUCAAGACUUGACAUUUAAGGAUCCCAAUUUUCGUUUAAAUAGGUUAUUCGAUAAUACUCAUUUUGUUGAUGUAACAUAAAAAUAUUCACACUAUUAUUAAAUUCAAAGAUGCCAAUUGUCUCUUGAAAGAUGGUUCAAUCAAUUAGCUUACAAUGCAAAAUUAAUCUACAAAGGACUGUAAUAAUUAGUUAAUGAACCAGUUAGUGCAAAUGUUAUAAUACCAGCACCAUAAGAUUAUACAAAUGAGAAGGAAUUUAAAUAUAGUUAAUACUAUGCUCUGGCAUCAUAGCUUUCAUAAUAUUAGAUGAUACAUCCAGAUGCCAAACCUAUUGGAAUCAAAUUCAAGGAUGAAGAUAUUUAUUUACAAAGUGAUGCCAUCAUUCUUCAUUCCAGAGAUAAAUGGAGAGAAUAUUUAAGAGAAGUUAAACUAGAUGUAUAACCUAUCAAAGAAGUCAGCUAGAAAUUUGAUAAGACUAAGACCACUGCUCUAUAUGCCAUUUGGUAGACCAAUGAUAUUAAAGUAUCCUUGGAAGAAAAUGGUGGAAACUUACCAUCUAAUGCUUAUGGAAAUUACGAAACGUUUUCUUUUCCACCUCCAAAAGGUACUAGACUUGUUAGAAUGCAAGGAAUCAAGCAUUUGUUGGCUAAAAAUAAUAUCAAAUUUAUUGAAGCUGUUGAUGGAUUUGAUUCCUAGAACGGAAGAAUGUUUGCUUAAAAAUGUGGCUAUUUGAUACUCAAUGAAGAUUAUGAUAAAAUUAUUGCACUUUAUGAAUAAUACAAAAUUGAAAUAGCUGAAAAGAACAAAAUUAAUAAAAAAAAAGAAUUAAUUAAAUUAUGGGGCGAUUUAUUUAAAACAAUUCUAUUGAAAAGAGAUUUAUAAGCAAAGUACUAAUAAACCAAUUGA